AUGCUUAGUGGGUUCUUUUCCACUCCGGCUCAAGCCGCUUUGAAGACAUACCAAUUCGAUGUUCAAGUGAAGAAUGUGAGCAGGUUGUGCCAUUCUAAGCCAAUUGUUACAGUAAAUGGGAUGUUCCCUGGACCUACAGUUUAUGCUAGAGAAGGAGAUACACUUCUUGUCAAUGUUACCAACCAUGCACAAUACAAUAUGUCAAUUCAUUGGCAUGGAUUAAAGCAAUAUAGAAAUGGGUGGGCAGAUGGGCCUGCCUAUAUCACACAAUGUCCUAUCAAGACAGGACAUAGUUACACCUACAAUAUCACUAUAACAGGGCAAAGAGGAACCCUAUGGUGGCAUGCACAUAUUUUCUGGCUAAGAGCCACUGUGUAUGGAGCAAUUGUCAUCUUGCCUAAACAAGGGACUGGUUUUCCAUUUCUUCAGCCAUACAAGGAGGCUAAUAUUGUCUUAGGAGAAUGGUGGAAUAACGACGUCGAAGAGGUUGUUAAACAAGGAAACAAACUGGGAUUGCCACCAAAUAUGUCAGAUGCACACACCAUCAAUGGGAAGCCAGGGCCUCUCUUUCCAUGUUCUGAAAAACAUACCUAUGCAUUGGAGGUUGAACAGGGAAAGACGUACCUGCUACGAAUCAUCAAUGCUGCACUCAAUGAUGAGCUAUUCUUUGCCAUUGCUGGUCACAACUUGACAGUGGUAGAAAUUGAUGCAGUCUACACCAAACCAUUCACAUCUCAAGCAAUACUAAUAGCACCAGGCCAGACCACGAAUGUUCUCGUUCAAGCCACCCAAGCGCCCGGAAGAUAUUUCAUGGCGGCUAGGCCAUUCAUGGACGCACCGGUUUCCAUUGACAACAAGACUGCCACUGGAAUACUGCAGUACAAAGGCAUCCCAAAUAGUGUGCAGCCAGUUCUUCCCCCAACUUCCGGCACUCAAUGA